AUGAUCAAAAAAUAUACAUUAACAUUUAAUUCAUCUGAACUUGAAUAAUCUUUCAAGCUAUGGGUAAUUGAUUAAAAUCAAAUCAUGUAUGAAAUUACAUUGUCCACCCUCUCAAUAUACCUGAUUCUCAACCUCAUCAACUACGCCUCAAACAUUAUUUAUUUGAUCACCACAUCAGUGACUCUCUGCCUAGAAUUGACGAUGCUUUUCUUUUUCAGAAGAUACCCUAUGCAAAGAGAGAACAUCAAAAGUUUAAAUUUGAUAGUUAUUAACAUACUAAUAGACAUUUAUAUAUGGCUAAACUUUGCCUAAAACUUAUAUUUAGAAGUCGGAGCAGUUAGAUUAUGUCUCUAUCUGCAAGGCAACAAAUUUACUACUCAAUCCUUUAUAUUUCUCUUCAGUUAGGCGGCUGAGAUGUCGAUCCUCCAAUCCCAAAUGAUACCACUCAUCACCUAUAGUCUAUUUUGUCUUUUCUUUAUAUUCCUUCGUUAUCAGACCGAAAUGAAGCGUCGUCAACAUUACUUAGCUUUCAGAUCCUAAAUCCUAUAUGAGAAUUUAAUAGAAGAACAAUUGCCAGCAUGGGUUGUGUUGGUCAAAUACGACAGUAAGUAAGCUUAGUUGAAAAUGGACAAAAUAAAUAGGGUUAUGAAAGACACAUUUAACUUGAAUUCAGAUCAGAAAUUUAGAGAAUUCUUAAGAGAUUCCAACAUUUAACCGCUAGAUGGCAUUAACCAAAAGGCAUUUAAUUUUGAAGAUGUUCUAAUUAAAGAUUUACUCCAAAAACAACAAAAUGAUAAGAUUACUAAAUUUGUAGGUAGAUUCAUAAACAAUGAUAAAAAGUGGUAGUUCCAAAUCACAAAAAUCUAUUUUAAUACUCUGGAACCUACAAUAUUAUUGUUGUUUAUAGAGGAAGGUGGUGACUUAUUUGAUUUUUUUACUCAUCAAUUGAAAUGGAGAGAUUAAUAACUUGUUAAUCAUAGCAAAAUGUGUUUAAAUUAUAUCAAAGAUUAGAUUAAUCUUCUUAAAUACUUCAAACAAUCAGCUAAUGCCUAAUAAUUAUAUUAUAUCAAUAAUUAAAUCAGUAAUAGUUACAUUAUUUUCAAUCAGAGUUUAAAUAUUUUGAACAUCACCAAAAUCAUAUAUAAUAAAUUAAAAUAUAACAUCAACUAAUUCAAUUUAUUGGAAUUAAUAAAUUAAUUAAAAGAGGAUUUAAAAUUCUCAAACAAAUAAUUAUUAUUCGAUCUACAAUUGAAAACUGACAGAUCCAAAAUGAUCUCUGUUAUACUAAGUAUCUCAGAAUUCAUUAGAUUAAUGCUAGCAAUCAACACAAAUGAUGAAAAACAACUUUAUGAAAUUCAUCCAUUGGGUUACCCUAUUUAAAUCAAAUUUAAAAGAAUUCAUUCUAACCCAGGAUGUCUUUUAAUUACUAUGAAACACCAACUCUUAAAUAUUCCUGCCCCGAUCCAAGAGGCUUUGUAAAAAGCAGCAUCUUUUUCUGAUCAUAAAAAACGAAACUGGGGUGUAAACCAUUAUUACGAAAACAUAUAAAAUUUAAGCGAUCAAUUUCACAAAAUCAACGUUACUACUCAAAAAGUUACCUAAAGUUAAAUGCCUUAUCUGGAAUUAGAUCAAAAUUUAUAACAACAACAAUAGAAGAUAGGAGUCUAUUUGGAUGGAAGUACUGAGCCUUUCAGUACUUUAGGUCUUCCAUUGGCUUAAUAUUUAAUUUCAUAAAUUGGUCCUAAUAAUCAAAUAGAAUUUAAAGACAAAAAAUUAAAACAUGUUCCUGACCCACUUUCCUUUCGAAAUGCUACAACCAAAACAAAAAUAUAGUUUAAAGUAUAUGAGGACUUAAAUUAAUUUAUCAUCCAACUAAAUGAAUAGGAUCCCAAUCCUUAUUUGGACUUUUUCAUUUACAAUAACAGUUAGAAAUCAGGCUUCAAAACAUAUUGCAGCAUGUCUCCCCAACAUGCUCGAAGAAGUGGUAUGACAACCUUAUUGAUUAGUGGAAAAAUUAAUUGA